AGUGCAGUGAUGCGCCUUGAACGCACACGCAGCGUUGAUAUAUGUGAGUGUUUCAGCGGUGCUCUCUGAGUUUCCAGUGAGACACACUGAGCUGAGGGUCCAGCUGCCUGCUUCUCUCUCUCUCUCUCUCGCAGAAGUGUUGAGCUCGGAUCGUGGAUGAGCUUCAGCAGCACAGAGCGCGAGCUGCGGACCGCAGACCCCGGGACUCCCGCGGAGAAGCUGCUGCGUCUGAAACGCUCGCUCACAUUUAUGCGAAGUAAAAGUGUGGAGAACUUCUUCCAGCGUUCUCAGAGCGAUGCUUACCUACCAAAAGAGCUCUUCUCUGGUGCCAUGCCUUCUUCCCCGCACCUGUUUACUGGGCCUGCACCUGGUAACAGCAGUGCUGUUUCGCCCUCCCCCAGCAUCAGCCCGAGACCUGCUCCAUUCGGUGUGCAGCCGCGACCAGCACAAACACACUCCUUCCUCGAGCAUGUGUUCCGGCGACCCACCAGCUGCAGUCUGUGCAAGCUCAUUAUUGCAGGAAACUCUAAACAGGGACUGCGCUGUAGAACAUGUAAGAUGGGAGCUCAUCUUUGGUGUGUUUCUGAAUUCACAGAGAAACCAUGCCAAGGAAAGUCUGGCAUGUUCAAGAGGAACUUAAGCACACCUGUGCUGACCAAUGAUCAGUUAUGUGCUGUAAAGACACAGGAGGAUUGUAAUGCAUCACAGGCAGUCAGGUGCAAGGAUGAAAGACUACGGCUCCUUAAAUUAGAGUCAAAAGCUCAGCUGGACCCUGUGUAUGCUACACUCCGCUUCGGAACUUCUCUGGCCAGCACCAGCCGAUCUAGCUUUGGGAGUUUCUGUGAAUCUCUGAGCCAAAGCCUGGAUGAAGAGGAUGGUCAGCAGAAGAACGAGUAUGUGUCCACUGAGGAGGAAAAAAUGACUGAAAACCAGAUAAAGGAUGUCUCAACUGAGAAUAUCAACUCUGAACUGGAUGAGAUCUCCCAGAUUCCUAAAGUUCACCCCAUUCACACUUACGUGGCACUUUACAAGUUCUUCCCUCAAGAGCAGAAUGACUUAGAAUUACAACCUGGUGACAGAGUUAUGGUGAUUGAUGACUCUAAUGAAGAAUGGUGGAAGGGAAAAUGUGGUGAUAAAGUUGGAUUAUUCCCAGCUAAUUUUGUGCAGCGAGUGCGUCCAGGUGAACGUGUCUGGAAGGUGACGCAAAGUGUCCAUGGAAACAAAGACUUGGGCCACCUGGCUGUUAAAGAGGCUCAGAUUUGUGUGGGUAAAAAAGAAGAAACUGAUGGCUUUCUAAAACUAAGCAGCGGUAAGAAGAGAGGUCUGGUCCCGACUGAUUCACUGGAGGAGAUAUAACAGCUUAUAGAGUCGAACACAGUCAUGAACAACAUUUAUCAUGAUACAGCAACAUAAUUUACCACAUAAACCUGGUGUAUUAUGUCAAAUGUAUACACACAUAUUAGCUGCAUUAAAGAGCUGUGGUUUGUUCAACCUGAUUGGAUCAUCAUA